AAGGGUCCCACAGCGGUUGAGCCGCGGAGCUCAACCAAUGAUAAUGCGAUCUAUCCCUUUUCCCCGUCUCUUCCUCUGCCCUCGCGCCACUUCCCGCCGUCAUCCUAGUGCACCUCACUAUGCCGUUUCCCUUAACGGUCUCGUUCUAUUUUUUCCUUACCCCUUCCCCAAUCUUGUCAUGUGCCCUACCUCUGGACACUUGUAAGGGAAAGCAGGCAGAAGCGACGGCGACUGAUUUGCUGUGGCAUUUUACUGUGACAAGGACUCCAGCAAAUUACCGUGAUGGCGAGUACGUCGUUGCACAGAGGGGACACCUCUGCAAUGGUCAUUCGUGUUGCCGAAAGAGUCUGGGAGUGCAAGUACCAUCAGCCAAGGUAGCGAGCCUGGAAGCAUGUUGGCGCAAUCAUAUCCGAAACUAUAGCCUCCAGAAACAGAGCAAGUUGGAGAACGAAGAGAAAGCGUAUGCAAAAGGAUUGUCUGAGCUCGUUGUAGAAGCGGGAUUUUGAGGAUUGCACUUUUGAACAUGAACAAGAGCACGGAAGGAUAUCUGCCAAGCAGGGCUGUCCUUGCUCAGACGCCAAGAGACACCACCGACCAGCAAUAAUCACGGCGGUUCGGUUUCAUGCCGAGCAAUAUUAAUUUAGA